AUGGACGGUCUCACGAAAUCUCAGGAAAUUGCUUUCAAUUUAGCAAUCGAUGGACACAAUGUUUUCAUCGGUGGCCAGGCGGGAACAGGAAAAACCUUUUUGAUAGGAGAGGUAUAUAGACAUUUCUUGAAGAAAGGUAUUAACGUGAGUUGUGUUUGUACCACGGGCAUUGCAUGUACAAAUCUCCCCGAGUGGACCAAUGCCAGAACAAUUCAUAGCUGGGCGGGGAUAGACGAUGGGAGGGGCAGAGUUUUAUCAGCACCAGGAUAUCUCUUCAAGUAUCAGGCUGAGGAUACAGGAGAAGCCAAGUACCUCCAAAGGGUCCUUGCUCCCAGUUCCCUUUGGAUCAAAGUGGGAAGCCCCGUUAUGCUACUGUGUAACCUAACCGAAAAACUUGUAAAUGGACUAAGGGGCACAGUUGUGAAUGGCGAAGCAGACGGUCCAGUUGUACAGUUUCCUUCUAUAAAUACAACAAUAAGAUUGCAGAAGGAAACAUUUUCAGUUUAUAGUCCCAUUCACAAGAGAAAUCUCGCAGAGAGGAAACAAAUCCCAAUCAAGUUGGCCUAUGCUGUAACGGUUCAUAAAUCACAAGGAAUGACUAUUGAGAGGUUUACGUUAGAGGUUGACUGCAGAAACAUGUUUGCACCAGGGCAGCUUGGAGUAGCCAUUGGUCGGGUGAAGUCUCCAUCAGGAUUGCGAAUCAUCAACCUUUCCAAAGAAGUUUGCAUCCCGCAGCCUGACAUCAUUUCCCAGUUUAUGGAACAUCCUACUGGAGAGGCAUUCAAAGACAUGAGAUUGGACCGGCCUUAG